UGCAGAUAUCUGUCUAGUCCCGUCGAAUCGUCAUCGGUAUUAAUGAAUAAUAAUUAUUAAAGUAUACAGCCCAGAGCUAGCGACGGUGGCGACGUCACUGCUACACCAACGCAUAAUAAUAUUAUAACUAUACCGUCCGCGUUCAUAUUAGUUUUAUCGGUAAAAUACGUAUACUUUUGUGGAAAUCGAACAAAUCGUUCMAAAGUCGGMGACUAUGACCAUAUUUGGCGUUUAUCUGGCCCCGCUGAUGAUUUUUGUCGGCUGCGGUCAGUGCGUUCUCUUUUCCAACGGGCAGUCCUCCGGUGGCCCGGACGCCGAUGGAGGCGUCCACGUUGGAGGCAGUGUCGGCGACGGCAGCGGUGAAGUUAGCGAAGACGACUACCAAAGCCUGCAGCACACCCCUACGAUAAGCACGGCGGUCAAAAGCUGCUUGGCUGGGGCCGACCCGUUCCUGCCAUGCAUCAACGAGCAAGCCAUGGCCGCCAUCGAACAGACGGAAUCCAUGGAUUCGGUGCUCCUUGAUUCGGGACUGGAGAUUUCAAGACGUCCCAGCACAGAAGCGUUUGCCGCUCCUCGAGGAGUCUAUUCUUUGGGACACAUGAUAUUCAAAAGAUCAUUUUUGCCAAACCUGCURGCUACGCAAAUAAGUAUUGCUUCCGUGAUUCCGAUUAUAUUUGCAGCGCUAUAUUUUCUGACAAAAAAAGCGUUUAUAUUGUCAAAGAUUGCGUUAGUCGUCACCAGUGUGGUGGGUUACGGUUCUUUGUUUUUACACCACAGCAGCAAGCCUUUUGGAGGACACUCAUUYGGUGGUCAUCAACCGUUUGRUGUUCAAAAUCCAUUCGGCGGCUCAUAUCAUAGUCCAAUUGGUGGUCAUCAUCAUCAACACUAUCAUCCKAUCGGUGGCCAUCAUAACRCGUUCGUCGGCGACAUCAGAGGUGACAAGUUUUAYGGAGACUCAAACGGGUUUCAACAGAUUUCCUCGUCCAAACCAUCKUCGCUGUUCCGAGGAGUCAACUACUUUCCGAAAGAUGACGAUCAUACUAAGUACGCGGAAUCAGUAGACAGAAAUAAAAAGGAAGCGGAAUAAAUGUAUGCACUUACCUAAAUUUUGUGUUGAAAUAAUGGUAUGAUUCAUAAUAAUAAUGUGUUYUAAACACGCAAAUGUUUGCUAUUAAAUGCAUAGGAUCACGGUUGAACACUCAAACGAGCACUUUAACUUAAAUCGUUUUGAUGAAUAAUGUUUAAUUUUUUUUUUUAUUUGACCACUAUUAUUAUAGAAGCUAAAUUUUAUA